GAGCUCCCCUCCUCGCCGCGUCUCCUCUUCACUCCAUCCAUCUUCGCCAUCUCCUCCGCCUCGUGGUCGGCGCUCCACACUCUACCCUCGCCGAACCUUCUAGAAGAUCCGCCGCCAUGGACGACCCCGGUGCGGCCGAUCCGGGGGCGCGCCCCCACCACUUGUCGCCGGGGCAGCCGCCGGUGGUGCCGCGCUCCCCGACCCCGCUCGACCUGUCGAGCGCCGCGGCGGCGGCGGCCGCGGCGUCGUACAGGAGGCUCUCGCCGUCGCUCCGACCGCCCGCGCACCCGCAGGCGCGUCUCCCUUCGCCGUACCCCCAGAUCCCCUCCUCGUCGUCGGCGGCGGCGGCGGGCUCGUCGGGGCACCACGCGCGGUCGCUCUCGCAGCCGCUCUUCUUCUCGCUCGACUCGCUCCCGCCGCUGCCGUACGCCGAUCUGGCCGCGCCGCCCGCCAUCCCGCCCUCCCCGCCUUCCUCGAGCUCCGACCCGCCGCCGCCAGGGCUGCCGCCGCGGAAGGGCGGGCACCGGCGGUCGCAGAGCGAUAUCCCCUUCGGGUUCUCGCACCUGAGCCCGCCCCUGCCGCCUCCCGCGCCCGUGAAGCGGGAGGCCGCCACGGCGGCGGAGGGGUGCAGAUCGGACGGCGAUGACUUCGCCUUGUACGACCUCGUCAACUCCUACAUGGACCUCGACGGGAUGGAGGCUCUCAACUCCUCCGAGGAGCGGCACGAGGACCGCGACAGCCGCGCCAGCGGCACGCGCACCGGGAGCGUGGCCGACAGCAGCGAGAACGAGGCCGAGAGCCACUCGACUCCAGUGGAGAGGAAGGACGGAGGAGGCAAAUCCCGGCAUUGCCGCAGCUUAUCGGUGGACAGCUUCAUCGAGAAGCUCAACUUCGACGAGUCACCGAAGCUGCCACUGCCGUCUCCCAGCGGUGGCCUAUCCAGAAGCGGGAGCGGGUCCUUGGAUGGCGGCGCUGCAUCUCUGUUUGGUGCUGAGUUUGCCAAUGGGGAGUUCACUGAAGCUGAGAAGAAGAAGAUCAUGGCAAAUGAGCGCCUUGCCGAGAUCGCUUUGACUGAUCCUAAGAGGGUUAAAAGAAUUUUGGCAAAUCGGCAGUCUGCGGCAAGGUCAAAGGAGCGUAAGAUGAGGUACAUUCAAGAGCUUGAGCACAAGGUUCAGGUGUUGCAGACAGAGGCUACCACACUCUCAGCACAGUUGACAAUGCUGCAGAGGGACUCCACUGGACUAGCCACUCAGAACAAUGAGUUGAAAAUCAGGCUGCAAGCAAUGGAGCAACAAGCACAGCUAAGAGAUGCCCUGAAUGAAGCAUUAACUGCCGAGGUCCAGCGUCUGAAACUUGCAACUGGCGAGAUAACUGACGGUCGUAUGUCAAAGGGCCUACAGCAGCAGAUGAACUCCCAGCUGAUUCAAUUGCAACAGCUGCAAAUACAGCAACAACAGUCAUCGCAGACGACGCAGCAAGGUCAGCAACAACAGCCACAGAAAUCCGCAUAGAUCAAGGUCCAAAAAGCUGGACCUCCUAUCGCAAAGCAGUUGAUUUGAAAUCAUGAUGAGCAUGAUGAAAUUGAAGGAUGAUGGUGAUCCAUGCUGGGAAAAGAAGAAUCUUUUGCUUAUAUAUAUAUAUAUAUAUAUAUAUAUAUAUAUAUAUAUAUAUAUAUAUAUAUAUAUAUAUAUAUAUAUAUCUCAGACAGAUUGUAGGAUAGGUAUGGUGGUAUAGCAGCAGAAGAUGGGUCUUCUGUUGCGAGUUCUUUUGUUCAAGGUGGUAAAUGCCUUGGCUGGAGUAUCCUAUCUCAUCGCAAUCGCAUCGUAUUAUACAUGAGUACCAGUCGCCUGGCCUGAAUAGGAGGCAUCGUGUUUAGUCCUAUGAAAGAUUCUUUCCAUGGUGCUUUUGUACUUUUGUCCAAGAGGAUAGCGUAUUACAAAUGUACAACAGUACUUAUGCUGGCUGUAAUAGUGUAAUUACCUAUAGCGUUGCUUAGUGUUUCCUGGAGCUUUACAUCUCAAUGGUAUCUACUCCUACCUUACAUUUACCGGAAAGCAGCACAGAAAUUUGUGAUUGUACUUA